UUAAAAAUGUUUUUUUUUUCACAAUAAAAUCACAUUGAUAGAUAGAUACAAUUUGCAAAACCAAAAUCAAAAAACAUUUUUCGCAUUUGAUCACAAAAACCAAACAGAAAAAGAAAAAAAAAAUGAUUUUCAAACCGGUGUUAAUUUUUCUAAUACCGUUGUUCGUAAUAAUUUCAACAAAUGAAUUUAAUUAUUGUCCAACAUCGGAUUUUGAUGCAUCGGUUGCAAUCAAUGAAUGUUAUGCAUUAUUAUUUAAUACAAAAUAUAUGUGGCUAUUAGAUAUUUGUAAUUUUCAUUUAACCGCUGUUUAUAAUUUUGAAUUUGAAUUGAUUAAAUGUCUUCAUGAUGGCCAUAUUUUUCCUGUUAAUAAUAGCCAACAGCAACAAAAACAUUACGAAUAUGAACAACAACAACAACAACGGCCACAAUUAUUUGCUUGGAAUCGUUUCCGAAAAAUGCAAUCAUUAAUAAUGUCAUAUAAUAAUUAUCCAAAUUCAAAUUAUAUAUGCAUUGAAUUGAAUAAUAAAAUUUGUUAUUUUCCAAUCAUAAUAACUGAACAAUAUCCAAAUAAUGAUUAUUUAAAUACAAUCGGAAAUAUAAAUUCAAUCGAAGAUGAAAUUUAUAGAAAUUCAUGUCAAUCAGAUGUUAUUGUCGAUGUCGAUGAUAUUGAUUUUGAUGGAAGCAGCCAAACACCAACAAUAAUAGAAAUGGCACACAUGUAUUAUCAUGUUAGUUCACCAAAAGGAUCAAAAAUAUAUCGAUUACAUGGUAGGAAUUUUUAUGCUGAUAUUAUUUGGACACCAUCAUCAUAUGAUUUGAAUCGUUUAAUUUUUUCAAUAAAAUUAUUUAAAUUGAUGACCGAUCAUCAUCAACAUCAUCAAUAUCAACAUAAUAACCGUCCGGAAAUGAUUGUUGAUGAUUUGUCGAUUGACAAUCGACAAAACGAAGAACCAUCAUCAUCAUCAAAUACGGACAGGCCUGAUUAUGAUCCAGAAUAUAUAUUAUUAGAAAAUGUUAGCACAUUUUUAAUAAUGCCAACCGAUAUUGAAGUAAUGAUUUUUUUUAAUACAAAUGAAUUUUGUAUUAUAAAUUAUUUUACUAAAAACUGUGGCCGUAGAUCGACUAGAGAUUUAUUCGGUUGUGAUGAUGAUACUGAUGAUGAUGCUUAUACAGAUAAUAAUAUUGGCAUUAAAAGCAAUCGACCACAUAAUAUAACUGUUGUCAACAUUGAAACAAACGAUCGAUCGUUUAAUGAACCGUCAAAUAAUGAUACUGAUAAUACUGAAUCUUCGAAUGAUAUUGUCGUCGAAUCGACAACUACGGCAACAUUACCGAAAAGUAUUUCAAUAAAAGUAAAAAAUAUUUCAACUACAAAACCCAUUAUUAUUAAUAGUAGUAAUGAUAGUAGCAGUAUUUCUACAUCAACAACAACAACAACAAUGAUGCCAAUUUUUUCAACCAAAAAUGAUGAUAAUAGUAAUCAUCAAACAACUAAUUUAUCUGAUACAACAACAACUGUACAGCCGUCAAUAAUGAAUGACAAUUUCACAAGAAUUAUUACUGUAGAAUCUCAUGAAAAACGAAACAAACAACAACAAAAAGAUGAACAAAUUAUCAAUACAACAUCAUCAUUACUUUGUCACACAAACACGACAAUUGUUAAUAGCGAAAAUGUUAGUGAGAAAACCACCGAAAACAGCAAUCUAAAUAACAUGGCAACUGUAACCUUUAAUUAUGUGGAUACCACAGCAAUAACAAAUUCUAAUCAUUCGUUUUCAAAGAAGAAAAAACCAAAUGAUGACAAUGAUGAUGAGAAAUAUUUCGGCAAAGAAAUAAAAUGCGAUAUUGAUUGCGUCAUUUUAAAACGAAAUGAAUUUAAAAUUUAUGAAAAACAAAAUAAACGUGGUACAUUAUCCAAUGAUAAUUACACAUAUCCAUCAUAUGAUUAUAAUUUUAAAAAUAUUUUGGCCAUUAUUUUUCGAAUGGAUAUAAUUCAUGGACAUUUUCUUAAAAAUGGUUUAUCUAUUAUUGGCCGUAUUAUUUUUAGAGGUUAG